AUGCCUCCAAAGACUGCUCCUCUCGCCGCCUUCUCCAGUUCGUCCGAUGACUCAUGCGAGGCUUCUCUACCCGCAUUUGACGAUCUGGAGAAGAACCUUUUCUUGGCCAUGUUUCUGAGCCUCAAUAGCAAGCCCGAUAUCAACUGGGAGACAACAGCGUCCAAGGUCUCCCUCAAGAACGCGGACACAUGCAAGACUCGCUACGGCCAGAUUUGCCGCAAGCAUGGCAUUCGGACCUACAAUCAGAUUUUCGCCAAGCACCGCGCUGCCGCUACUUCCUCCAAGGGCAAGACCACGGGCAAGGCAUCGGUCACGCUUGACAGUGCUGGAGUUCGAAAGGCCACCGGACGGGUUGGUUCAAAGGGACAAUACGCUGUUCCCAAACUCGAGAUCGAGGUUGAAGACGAUCUCAAGAAGGGUGUCAUCAAGGACGAAGGGGUCAAGGCUGAGAAGUGA